AUGCUAACCUCCAAGAGCAAACAGAGCAAGGAAUAUUUGAAGCUGCACCAGAGUGCUGAAUUGAAGUUGAAGACUCUGCAAUUGGUAGUGGCAUACAAAAGACAGACUGGCAGAACUGAAAACAAAAAUUCAAGGGCAAACAACAGAGACCAACGCAGACAAGGAGGAUGGCGAAGGCAAGACGUAGCUGCUGCUGCGGCACCACCAGUGCAGCAAAAAAUGAACGAGCAGAAGCUGUUCUGUUCGAACUGUGCAGCGAAUGCAGCUGAAAUUGUCAUCGUGGUCGCUGCCUCGGUUAAAGCCGCUGCAAUUUACAUGCAUAAAAGCUGCGCAUGUUAUGCAUCAAAUUCUUCGACCGCAUCUAAAUCAAGCUCUGGAAAAUUGGCCAAAGCUGCUAAAGUGGAAUCAUCAGCUAGUCCAGAUAAAAAAAUCAAAAGCAGAGAUCGGAAGCGAAGUUUGUCUGCAAAUAUAAAGGAGAAGUCGCGAGCUAACGAAUCUGAAAAGGUUAAAGAGAGUGGAGUUCCCAAAAAACAGAAGAAACUGUACGAUGACAACAUCACAGCUGGCCUCCACAUUGACUGGCUGAAGAGAAGAGAUCGUCGAACAUUCAAGCAGCUUUUUGACCGCGAAGACCUCAAGAAGUUACAGGUUGAAGAAACAAGCAAGUCGAAACACCAAAAAUCCGACGAAUACAAGAAAGAUCGGGGAAGGCACGAAAAGGACGUGAAACAGGUAGUGAAAGUAGAUCCGAAGUCCUUCGAGAAGUUUCCAGAUCUCGACGUACCGAACACGAGAACUGCCAAACCGACAGUCAAAGACAGACUUGGCGAAAAUCACGCGGUUAUUUCUCACGAGCAUGAUGACAGAGAAAAUGGAGAUUACCACGGUCACAGAAGACGCAAUUUCUCUCCCAUAGGUGGAAGGCGUGGAGGAUUUUUGAGUAGAUACGAACGUGACGAUCCACGAGCGGGACUGAAUGAACGAAGGUUUCCAAGGAAAUCCAGUCCAGAUGUGUGGAAACAUGACAAAUUCGGCAAAGAAUCAGAGGAUGAAGCAGAAGAGAUGCAACUACCAGUGACAACAGAGAAGGAGAGAAAUACGGAUAGGAGGGAAGGGAGAGGGGAUGAUGGAUUAAGAAGGGUGGGUGGGGAUUUGAGAGACCGGAUGAACAUGCGAGCCAGAGAUAACCGAGAACAACGUCCAGAUUCGCCAAGGAGACAUCGACCUGCCGAUAACCAGGAAGAGUCCUAUUUGGGUCAAGUUCCAUUCUAUGCCCAACAGAAUGAAGAUCCAGCUCCAACUAGACGAUUCGGAUUCAAUCGAACUUUUAGCCGAAGCCCCCCUGGCAGAAAUAGGAAGCAACUCACUCCUCAUCGGGAACGGAAUGCUAGAAGCCCACCUAACAGAAACCGGAAUCACGAGGAGUUAAAUACUCAAGAAAGAGUUCGAAGGUCACGUAGUCCAGUGAAUAAAGGGCAGCGGAAGUCACCUAGUCCAGAUAAUAUGAAGUCUGGCAAAAGGUUCAAUCCAAGCCCUAAUAGGGAUAACAAAAAAGCUAACAGUCCGGGUGUAAAUCGAGAUCGAAAACCGAUAAGUCGGGAGCGAAAGGAGCUUCCCGCUUCUUAUCGUACUAGACAUAGUCCAUCACCGUCUAGAAGGAACCCCAGACGAAGUAGGUCCCGAAGUUACGGUCGACGUCGUGGUGCCUGGCGAGGAUUCCCAGGGGGUCGAAGACCACCUGCACCUCCUCGUGAUAGCGACAGACGGAAGGCUCCAUCACCUAGACGUCGAAGAAGCAGAACCAAGUCAAACUCGAGUAGCUCUAGUUCGAGCGAACGAGACGAGAAAGCAAAGCCAAGUACAAUUGUAAGACGGUCUGUAUCAAAACAACGGAAGUCGUCGAAAAGCUCUUCGGGAAGCAGUUCAAGCUCGAGGUCUAAAAGCAGAGAUCAAAAGCAGAAACAAGAACAAAGUGCAAAUAAUAAAUCACCCGAGAAAAUUGACCUGACUUCAAAUAAAAAAGUGGAAACUGCAAAACUGGAAAGCCCGGAGAAAAACUCUGGAAUCGAAAACCACACAAGUGAAAUUGAUAGUACUAAAAAGGUAUCGAUACCAGAAACUGAACCGCAAAAAGUCGAAUCAAAUAUUUCUGAAAGAGAAGUAAUUAAAAAUGACUCCAACGAUACAAAACCUGAUGAAAAAGAAACUUCGGCUCAGAAAAAGCGGAAAGGAAAAAUCACGAGCUACGAAAAUGAAGAUGAUUUAAUAGAGCAAAGCAGAGCAACCUUGGCGGCAAUAGAUUCCACUGGUGCUUCUAAAGCACUGGGAAAUUUAGACAUCGAUUUGUUAAAUAAACUAACUCAAAAUGGAUAA